GUGAACGAUACGGAGAACGUGUGUUUUCGGUCCACCCUGUUAGUUUAUGUCAAAAAGAUUGUCAGUAAGAAGUUACCUCAGACCAUCAGGCCGGGAUAUAUAAUAUUGAAAAUAGCAAAAUGUUCCUGCUACGGCAAUUGCAAUUGAUUAAAACGGCCUGCGGACAUAAUUCCAAGCAAGUAGCCGGAAUGAAGUAUUUUCCACCACCGAUAAAAUAUGAAAACAUUGAAAAGUACGAACGGCCAAAACUGAGAAUUAUGGAAAAAGUGCCACAAUUUCAGUCCAACAUUAAGCCACCGAAAAUGCAAAAAUGUUUACGAUUUAUGCGCGGCCCGGAACUGGUACACAACACGUUGCUACAUAAACAGUAUGGAAUUGUCGCUACCGGUGGCGGUCGAAUGCGUUACGGAUUCUUCGAAAUGAUUCGUUUAAAAAUUGCUAGGAACAUCGACGCAAAUCGUAUGUUUGCGAUCUGGAGAGUACCGCCGCCAUGGCAACCUAUCACUAAAAAGGGCCAGGGACAACGGAUGGGUGGUGGCAAAGGAGCCAUUGAUCAUUAUGUAACACCGGUUAGGGCUGGCAGAGUCAUAAUUGAAGUUGGCGGUACCAUUGAGUUUCAAGAGGUGAAGGACCUGCUUACAAAAAUAGUAAAGAAGUUUCCGUUCAAAGCAAAGGUUGUGUCCCAGGAAAUGAUGGAGGAAAUGGCUGCUGAGGAAGCACGUAACGAACGGGACAAUAUAAAUCCGUACACAAAGAAGUACGUCAUCCAGAACAAUUUAAGUGGCUGUAAUAAUUGGCUAUCUCCAUACGAUCAUAGAUGGUUCGGAAAAUAUUUGUAGAGACGUGGAAUGUGGAUUGUAGAAAUGAAAUUUUUUUUUGUUUUAAAA